AUGCAUGAGCUCUUACUUUUCGCCUCGGUUCCGGCGCAUCAACAUCAUGAGCUCCUUCAGCAGCUGACAGGGUUGACUGCUAUGCAGCCUAGUCAUCGCUUAGAACGUCGUUUGGUCUUCAAGGCCUACCGGAAGCCAGGGUUGAUCAAUACCCGUGUCGGGGCCAGCCAGGAAUUGCAAGGUGCGGAGGUGCAGCGAUUGAAUAAAAUGCUCAAUGGUGGCAUGUUCUAUACGCAGGUGGUCGGGCCUGUCUCUGAGGCAGACUUUGGUGCCAAGCCUGCACCCACCUCGCUUGGAGAUACUGAUGUGACUAUGUCCGGGACUGAUGUGAAAAAUGGUCAUUUCUAUAGCUACGACAACCAACCCUGGAAACUGGAGUUUAGAGACAUUCCCGAAGCUGGCACUCGAUCGGCCGUAACAGCCCGGCUGAUGGCCAGCGCUGGUCUGCCCAAAGGAGAUAUUUCCACCCCCAUGAAUGCUUGGGGGUAUAGUUUCAUAUCCGAGUAUGUUGUGGAGGGGGAUGUCUUUAUCCACAACGAUAUCGUGAUCUUCCUUCACCGGGUUCUGCACUACCCCGUGGAGAGUCAUGAGCUACGUGAACCCCGGCACCAGCUGCCUCCUUUCCAACAGAUGUCUCCGCUGGACAGGACUGGAGGCUAUGUGCUGCAAGCAUCCAUCACGGUCCAGGAUGGUGGCAAUCAGGAAAUGAUGAAGACUGCUUCACAGCAUCUGUUUGGACUUCGAGAACAGCUGAAGUCGGCCGUCCGGCUGGAACAGGCGGAUCGACUAUCUCUUGACACGCGAGCAAAAUGA